UUUUGUUUUAAAUAUAGUUCCAGUAUCAAGCUUGCAGAAAAGUGGAUUUGCAGACAUGCAUUCCCAGCAUGAUGGCGGAGACAGUGAUAGUGAUUGGGACAGUACGUUAGACUUCACGUCCCCGCGUCAAACAGGACCACAUCAACCUCCUCCUAUGCUAAUGACGGAGGAAGAAGACAAUGAUGACUUCAGUAGGAAUGAAUCUGUCAGAUCCAUAGCAGAAAAGCCAAAGCCAAAAGAAAGACUUCCUGUACCAUCCAACCAGCCCGUACCUGCCGCCAGAGAUGAAGAAGAUGCAUCAGUUAAAAGCAAUCUGUACUCAACACCUCAUAAAGUGAAAAAUGGUAACAGAUCAAAUCAGGGAACUCCUAAAGGAUCUAGAUCUGCUCUUGGGGAACGGGAUGGAGACCCCCCUCCUUACAAUUUCAGAGGAGCUUUGAAUGGUGCUAUUACCCCAGACAAAGGGCAGACAACUCAACCACAGCGACAUGAUAGGAGGGAGAAUUUAUAUGAUACUGUAGCAGUUGACAGGGCACCAAGUCCGUCUCCACAUCUUGGUGGGAAACAUCCAGUGGAAAAACCUUCAGAAAGUAUGGGAUCUUGGGAUGAUUCCGAUCAAGAUGAAAGGACUUUGAGAGAACUCCGUGAAAACUUUCGACAGGAAAAACAAAAAGAACAACAGGCUGAAGACUUAAGGCUUAGAUUACAGCGAGAAGCUGAACAAGCUUUAGCAACAUCCACAGAAAAACCAGACGAGGGUCAGAUGACUAACAGAUCAGAGGCAACAUGGAAAAGCUGGGCAAGCGGAGGACGUGGCCGAAAGAAGGAUUCAGCAGCUGGUCGGAAUAAAGCGAGGAAGUCGGAGCCAGUUACAGCUGUGCCAAGGGAACACAGAAUCCCGUUGAAAGCAGAAACACCUCGUUCCCACCGUGAUGUGUCACUAGCCAUAGGUCAAGGUCAGGUCAUAGAGCCACAAGUUGUACACGGAAAGCCUGAGGGGGAGACGAGAAUUGAGGUAGCAUCACCCAGUAAAGACUUGGCAAUGGAAACACCAGCAUACAUCGACCCACCUUUCAUUGUUAAAGAUGAUGAUGGAAGGAGUGUAUAUUACUUUGGACAUGGCAGUCUGCAGUAUUACGAAGUAGAAGACGAUGCAAAUGAGGCUUUCAUGCCAAGAAUUGCCGAAAAAGCUGAAAUGGUUUUACAACGGGUUUAUCAGGAAUUUUUUGGAUUACUGCGUAUCAUUACAAGUGUUGUGAUUUUGUUGAUUAUAGAACUUUUAAAAUACAUAAUAAAGUACAUCAUACAGCCACUGAUUGUAGGAGUAUUUGGUACAGUUGGGGAUUAUGUAGCUAAACCUCUUUUCACGUUGGCCUUCAAUGGCUUUGUGCAUCCGUUUGGAGUAUUCAUGUGGAACUGUUUCAUGACUUUGCGUCACAUGUUCAGCCCAAUCAGCGAGAUUCUGAAAAAAGUUUUUGUGCAACUAGCAAUGCUGUGUCGUUCAAUACGCUGUGUGGAGAUUCAUUGGAAAACAAAUCGCUCGGAAGAAAAGAUUACAGACCUAACCCAAGUAUAGUACAGCUUUAUCUGUAUAG